AAACCGUGAGACAUUUUCCAAGUGUUCUUCAAUAUAUAAAAUUCUGCUACAUUUGUGAUUUGUCAUGAGUUUGACCCAAAACUCUACCAACUCAAUCAACCCAUCUUCUUCAAUUCCUGAACCAGCAACAAUAACAAUGGCUGCUGAAGUAAAGAAGAAGAUUUCAGCAGCAUCGGCGAGGUCUCACACCAGACAAUCCAAAUCCAAAUCCCAAUCUUCUUCUACUUUCUCUUCAGGGAUUUUCUUUCUACUGGUGUUCUUCACCGGGUUUUUAGCAUGGGCUUAUCAAGCAGCUUGUCCACCCGCCCCCAACAAAGUCGGGCCUCCAGACGGCCUUCCCAUCACAACACCAAGAAUCAAGCUUCGUGACGGAAGAUAUUUAUCCUAUAAAGAAUACGGUGUCCCAAAAGAAUCAGCAAAGUACAAAAUAAUUUAUGCCCAUGGGUUCGACUCUGUCAAGCAUUACACUGUCAUUGCCACGUCAGCGUCUCGCGCUUUAAUUGAAGAGUUGGGGAUAUAUAUUGUUUCAUUUGAUCGACCGGGUUAUGGAGAGAGUGAUCCGGAUCCUAAACGGACGUUAAAGAGUUUGGCUUUAGAUACAGAAGAGCUUGCGGAUCAACUGGAACUUGGGUCCAAAUUUUAUGUGGUCGGGUUUUCUAUGGGCGGGCAAGUGGUUUGGUCUUAUUUGAAGUACAUUCCUCAGAGGCUAGCAGGAGCGACUCUUAUAGCUCCCGUAGUUAACUAUUGGUGGCCCCGCUUGCCAUCAAACUUAUCUCAACAAGCAUUUUCAAAGCAGUUUCUUCGAGAUCAAUGGAGUCUACGGGUCGCUCACCAUUCUCCAUCAUUGACCUACUGGUGGAACACGCAAAAAUGGUUUCCAAGUUUAACCGUUAUUGCUCACAGCCCUGAUAUUCUAUCCCGCCAAGAUAGAGAACUCAAGCCGAUAUUUACAGCUGGCAGAGCAGGUGUUGAGGAACAAGUAAGACAACAGGGAGAAUACGAAUCUAUCCACCGUGACUUGAAUAUUGGAUUCGGUACAUGGGAAUUUGAUCCAACAGAAAUUGAGAACCCGUUUCCAGAAAACGAAGGGUCUGUUCAUAUAUGGCAGGGUGAUGAGGAUAUUCUUGUGCCCGUGACACUGCAACGGUAUAUAGCCCAACAACUUCCAUGGAUAAAGUAUCACGAGCUCACCGGUGAGGGCCACAUGUUCCCUUAUGCUGAAGGGAAGAGUGAUGCAAUCCUAAAAGCACUUCUUCUUGGCCAAAGUUAGUUCAUAAUGUUGUUUUUGGACUUGAUUUUUAGCUUCCUAUUGUCUUGAACAAACCAUUAUUAAGAUAAUACAGUAGAACUGGUAUAGUUAACAUUACCAUGUUGUAUUGUCGUCUCGUUCGUGUUAUUGAGCCACUUAAUUUUAAGCGUAUUAAAUGUGUCAUGAAAUUCUUGGUAUUGAA